ACUUCGCCAACAACACACAAGCCAGCGUUGUUCGCUCAAGAUGCGCGUACCAAGUUCUCUUUUAGGACUCGCCAUGCUCUUUGCCGGUGUCACUUGUGCUUUUGUUGAGGGAACGCAACAAAGUGCAUCGCAGCCUAUCUUAUUUGUGGGCACGCACACGCGCGACGAAGGAUGGAUGGUCGGGACUGGGAAGGGUGUCUACACCUACAAAAUUGACACGAGCGAUGGAUCUCUGACCCCCUUCGGGGUCACACCAGUUGGCGUUAAUCCUGUGUUCGUCCAGGGAUCGACAAAGAAGUUUUCAGGCGGAAAACCUGUGCUCUAUGCAGUGAACGCGGUUACCGACGAAUCCAAGACCAACCCUGGAACUCAAACUGGAUACGUGUCAGCACUGACGAUGGGGUCAAACGGUACCCUCGAGCUCCUGAACACUCUCGAGUCACAUGGCGGAAACCCGACGCACAUUUCGUUGAGUGCCAACGAAGACUUCGUUGUUGUCUCGAAUUACGACGGGAGUCUUGCCAUGUUCCCGCUGAAUGCUGACGGCUCACUUGGCAAGGAGAGUUUCCAUCAAGACUUCCCAACUGGAAGCAAAGUCGUCAUGGACCAGCAAGCGGUUGGCCACAUUCAUAGUUCCACGUGGAUUCCCAACUCGAACCAUGUCGUCGCCGCAAACCUCGGUAGUGAUGAACUACUCCAGUUCGAACUUGACACGAAGCAGAAAACCCUUAAAAGUCUGGAGACUGUCAAGCGUCCACCAGGAUCGGGGCCGCGUCAUAUGGCGAUGCAUCUUAAGCGAAACAUUGCUUACGUAGUGGACGAGAUCUCUAACACCGUCGGUGUGUACGAGAUCAACAAAAAGACCGCUUUACUGUCGAAUACGGCAAUGCAGAACAUCACGACGCUACCGGCCGAUUUCACAAACAAGAGCACUGCAGCUGACGUUCAUUUAUCGAGCGACGGAAAGUUCCUCUAUGCGUCAAACCGCGGUCACAACUCAAUCGCUAUAUUCGCUGUUCGCGAGUCGGAUGGUACACUGACAUCUCUUGGUUGGGAAAGUAGCCGUGGCAAAACCCCAAAGAGCUUUGCGAUCUAUGAAGACUGGAUGGUGGUUGCCAACCAAGACUCGGACAACAUGCAUCUGUUCAAGCUUAACGCGGACACUGGUUUGCUAACGUACACCGGAGACUCGUACGACGUGGGAACACCAGAGCGCGUCUACAUUGGCAACUUUUAAGUACCAGCUACCGUGAUUGCUUAACACAGAUCUCUCCAUCCUAUUAUGACAGUUCCGCGGGAAUGUUGAAAUCCCAGAAAGCUCCACAUUAGUGCAAUAAACCUUUGCAAUCUAAGUUGAACGCCCUUCAUCGAUGAGA